GCGGAUGGUGCCCUGGGCCCCUGCCGUGGCUUCUGCCUAGCCGUUGUGGUAUUUGGGGUGUUUUUUCCUGUUUUGCGCUGGUAUUUGUACGUGCUGUGUGUACCCUAACCUGCAGGGGGGAGGUGUGUCUGCACUGAGCUUGUAGACCACCAAACGUUGCUUUGAAGGUCUGAACGGAGCUGGAUGAGCAUCCUGGGCUGUGGUGAACGCUGAUGGUGGAACGAGCCACCGACAGCGGGUGAGAGCCCCCGCAGCCACCCCCAGCACCGGGCGUCCUCCAGUCCGGGCCUUGGCUUCCAGGGGGUGUGAGGUCAGGAGGCAGCUCCUGGCCUUGGACACCAUCCCUGCCCUUACGUCUGGGCCAUCCUGUAAACACACAUGGUGCUAUUCUUUUUCUUGUUUACUUGGUUUAUCACAUACAGCAAGAUUGAAACGACUUUCUUUUCCUGUUGCACCCAGCUCUGCCCCAGAGCAUCCCUUAAAACACUCCUGAUAAAUUGAUUUCCGCAGCCCCUUUCGCUCCUGGUGCAGGGCUGUGGAGAGCCCUAUUGAAAAGGCACUUCACAACUUGCUUGAUAGUGCCUAGAUGCAGUUCUUUGUCAAAAAUGGAUGUUUGCAGCUGCCUCCUGCCAGCCCCCACCCCGCCGCAGCUGACUCGCGCCACCAAGCACCCACCACCCGUCGGCGGGAAGAGGCGCCUUGUCUGGCCAUCGAUUCCAGUGAGCAACGCAGUUUAUCUGUGCUGACAUGUUUCUUACGGAGCAGAAAACCAUACGCAGGAGUAAAGGCCCUGAAGGUGGCCCAAAUCCCUGGCCACCUUGCUCGUUUGGGCCUUAUUGCCUGCAGAUCUGGACUGCGUCGACAAGUAAAUAGCGGAAUAGCGUCCUUAACCCGCCUACGGAGGGGCUUUCCCCGAUGUUUUGGAUCAAUAAAACUGUGUUGUCUCCUGCCAGGCAGCAGCACAAGCAGCCCUUGGUUAGCUGGAGGUUGUCUCUUCUGUGCGCCCUGGACGGGGUCACCCGAGCGGCAGCGCCAGCGCGAGUUCCCGCGCAGCCAGUGGGAUUUGGUGCUCGCCCGCAGCCUGCCCUCCUUGGCCCGUUGUCGGCCCCUCUGUGGCUAUCAGCAUGACGCCUUCCCGAGUCCCUGCCCUCGCCUCCGAGCUCCCGUCCUUGUGUUGACGAUACGGGCGUGAGAUUUGCAUCGGUUUCGUGACCUGCCUGCAGCGACCUGAUCAAAACGCAACCGUGGCUGCUCUCUCUUCCUCCUCGUCUCCCUCUGUAGGCAAAGUCUCCCUUCCCCGUGAGGUCCUCCUCCCCAUGGCCGGCACGGCCACCCGCUCCAUGUUUUACGUAUUAGCACUUUAUUCUGAUUUUAAUGCCCUAGCAGACCUUGCAUGGGCCUGACCCAGGCAUCUCAGCAAGGCUUGGGCACAGGAGACUCCGAGAGCUCUGGUGGCCCCUCAGCCCCCCAGGAGCUGGCGGCCACCUCCGUUGUUCCUCGCCGAUCCUUUCGGUUUAUCCAUCGUCUCCGUGCUCGUGGUGCGUUUAGGCUGUAGCGGUGUACGCGACGCGCUGUGCCGCGGCUGAGCCAGGACUAACUUCCCCAGCCGUCCUCGAGCUGGUUUCCAACUCUGCCCCUCCUCAGUAGCUCCAAGUGUCGGGGUGUUUCUUCGCAACGCGCGUCCAGCCCCCCAUCCAGCUAUUUGUCGUCGUAGCCAUUUUCUCUUCGAGUAUGCAAUAUCCCAUACCAUUGCUGCCACUACUAGAUAACGUGCCAUAAUUGAUACUGUGGAGCAUUGACAGUGCGGCCGAAAGUGUUUUUAUAUGCAAUAUUCUGAGCAGCGGAAGCUCACGGGGGCUUCUCAUAGGUUUUUAAUGAAGACUUUUAUUAAAGGCUUUAAAAAAAAAAAAGGAAGAAAAACUUGGUCCUUGUAUCCCUUCCUAUGCAUUUUGAAUGAUAUUAAGAUGAAAUGCAUUACUUAAAUGUGUAUUUUUAUCCAUAUAUUAGAGUGUAUUCCUUGUAAAGUAUUUUUAUAUGCUAAUUUUCUUAUGUAUCUAUGAAAGCACAAUAUUUAAAAGUACAGCAUUUCAAAGAAUAUUUUAGUCCUGUUUUGGACCUAUUUGUAAAUCUCUGUAUUUAAAUGGGAUUGCAAUGACUUUGCCUUUUUUUUUUUUUUAAUUAAAUAAAAGCAAAUGAAAUGC